CAAAUGUCACCGUCAAUGUCAAAUUAAAGUGAAAACUGAAAUACCUUGCUUUGUAAAUAAAAAUAAACAGUUUUUAAAGCACAAUUUGUAAUAUUAUUAAAUUUGUAACUAUGUCUGGGGAAGAUUGUGAAGCAGGUGAUCGGGGCGAUAAUGAUUGUCAGAAAUCUGACAAAAUGUUCACUCUUAAAAAGUGGAAUGCUGUGGCAAUGUGGAGCUGGGAUGUGGAGUGUGAUACUUGUGCGAUUUGCAGGGUUCAGGUGAUGGAUGCUUGCUUGCGAUGUCAAGGAGAGAGUAAGAAGGACUCGUAUGGGAAGCAGGACUGUGUGGUUGUGUGGGGAGAGUGCAAUCAUAGUUUCCAUUUCUGUUGCAUGUCGCUGUGGGUGAAACAAAACAAUCGCUGUCCUCUGUGUCAACAGGAAUGGUCCAUACAGAGAAUGGGCAAAUAGGCUUUUACACAAUAUAAUCAAAUUCCUUAACACUCCUCAACUAUAAAAGCAUUUGAAAUAAAUUCAUGUUACUCACGA